CGAAUAAGAUCCUUUGCUUGAAUGACCCAAAAGCAUGGUUUAAACUGUUUACUAAUACCUAACAAGUUGGCUAUGAAGCUGUUUACACACUCGAAAUCGAUUACGAACGCACCAAUUUAUUACAAUGACUAUAUCCAUCCAUCAUAAGCGUUGCCAUGACAGUAUCCAACUACUGUAGCUAAGCAACAGCUCCUAACAACAAAAGCCUCUGAGCUACCUCGCUGAUAAGAGUGCACAGUGAAAGCUCAAUAAUAUGAGGCCAGCAUGUGAUGGUAACUGUGGUGGGGCCACUGAAAGUGCUACCAGAAAAGUAGGCCUACAUGAGCGGAAAAAAUCUUUUCUCUCGGUUUUCAACGAUACUGUGACUGCAGCACCGAAUCCUGAAACCAAAUUAUUGGCUGAUUUCAGAAAAGACACCCAUGCCAAUAAGGUUUACCUGGCAGGAAAAGAGUGCCUUAAUGAGGAGGGCCAAACUGCGGGGCUCCCUCUCAUUGCAAGAAUAAAGAAACAGAUAAGCACGGACCCGACUCUGUGCGCGGGCUAUUCACCAUCCUUGGGCCUGACAGAAUUUAACCGAAGAGCAACGCAACUGGCUCUGGGCAGGAACAGCCCAGCUAUUGUGGAGAACAGGGUGCUGGGUAUUCAGACUGUUGGCAGCACUGGGGCUGUGCGUCUGGGGGCUGAACUACUAGUACACUGGUACGAUAUCCGCUCUGCCUGGUGUGGCCCUGUCUAUCUGCCCACCCCCUGUGAUGAUGGUACAAUAAGAAAAAGGACUGCUCUUUUGCCAGAUUCGCUGGCCGGUGUUUUUGAGGCAGCGGGAAUCCAAGCGGUUCGGCGCUACCGCUACUGGGAUCCAGCGCAGCGGGGUGUGAGUGUGCAGCAGCUAUUGGAGGAUUUGGGCAGUGCUCCAGAGCAAAGUGUUGUUGUGCUGUUCGCCUCUGCUCACUGCCCCACAGGAGCUCACCUGUCACAGGAGCAAUGGAGGCUCGUCACAGAGCUGAUGGUGAGUCGCAGGCUGUUCCCCUUCUUCCUGCUGCCUGCUCAAGGCCUGUGUCAUGGAGACAUGGAGCUAGACGCCUGGUCUGUCCGUCACUGUGCGUCUGAGGGCCUGGAGCUGCUUUGUGCCCAGUCUUUCUCUCACACCUUUGGAUUGUACGAGGAGCGUGUCGGGCACCUUCUGUGCGUCUUGAAGCAGAGCGCCGCCCUGCUGGCCGUCCAGUCUCAGGCUGGUCGGCUGGUCGGCUCCCUGUGGUCUCGUCCGUCAGUGGGUGGGGCGCGCGUGGUGGCCACAGUGCUCAGCAACCCUGCUCACCUCAUCGAAUGGCAUGAGGGAGUGAGACGCGUGGUGGAGAGGGGGAUGCUGAUCAGGGAGAGACUGCGAGAGAAACUCCGACUGCUGGGAUCUCCCGGCUGCUGGGAUCAUGUGACCCAGCAGGGGGGCUUGUACUGCUGUACGGGGCUGAACGCCCGACAAGUAGAGUUCCUGGUCAAGAGACGCCAUCUGUACCUCCCAUCCAAUGGCUGCCUGAAUGUGAGUGCCAUCAAUAGCCGUAACCUUGACUACGUAGCGGAGUCCAUUCACCUGGCACUGACCUCUCCCCUCUGACCCCAAAGCCAGAGGUGUACAACCAUGUCACAAUAUCUAGAUAGACCUAUCAUGUCUAAGUGAUUAGAAUGUUUAUAAUACUCUGUAGCGGUGGUGCAGUAUGGACCAUAUGGCGUCUUUCUUUACAUAAAUAUUAUCAUAUGUUACAAUAUCUUGGCAAGAAAGUGAUGACUGCUCUCUUCGUUAAGUGCAAGUACGGUUUUAAUGUCGGAGUCUUGAAUAGGUGGUGAAUCAUGGUGGAUCAUUAUUAUGUGACCUAUGGGAGUUGAGGAUGUUACGUCCAAGCACUUGUCUUUGCUGGGUUUAUAACCUGGAAUUAUCAUGUCACUGUUAUCACUGUCAUGUUUGAAUCACAUCCUCAAUUACACUGCCUAGUUUUUUAAAGUAAACAUGCCUUUGGUUAUUGCAUCAUGAGAUAAUUGAUGAAUACGGAUACAAAUAUAUAUUUUGAACAUUCAUGUUUGGUACAUAUGUAAUUUCAUCCAUAGAUUAAAACGUCAAUUAUCAGUAAGCAAUUGCUUUUUAACCUAUAAUUUUCUGUACAGUAUGAAGAAGAAAAUAAAUCCACUAUCAUUA